AUGAAUCCCAUUUGCAAUGUCGAUGUUGGGUCCAGAGAGUGCCAAAAAUGGAUGGUUGAUGUUUACACCAGAUGUAAGGACCUUUUUAGCCGCGAAGCACCCAGGAGGAUGGCCUAUUGGUGGUUCGAUAUAACGCCAGCCAUUUACAAGGAGAAAUUGGAGUCCAUGACAGUGCUCGACUGCCGAAAACUGAAGCGGAGACUGGCCAGACAAUUGCAACUCGAAGAGAGUGAAGGUCACUUAUUGAUUGAAGUUCUUGCCUUUUGCCUGGCUACUGUUCUCAUCGUGGUCACUCUGGUUCUUCUGGGCCGCAUGACACUGAAGCACAUCAGAGAAAAUCAAAUCAAAUCGGGGACCGAUGCUCCAGUUGAGGAGGAUGUAUCCGAGGAUGAAUCCGAUCCUUCUGAAAUACUACCAAUAUUUCCGAAGAAAAAAGCGAAAAACUUCAAGAGCUGGAUGCGGGGACACUGCCGGCCCCUUUUCGUGCACAGUGAAGCCCAGACGAGGAAGCAAAAGGAGAAGGCCCACAGGAUAGAAGCUAUUCACAACGAACUCACCAACGAGAAGAUAGUAUUGUGGACUAAGGCCCGGGAACGGGAGGCUCUCAAGAAAAAGCAAAAGUUAGAGAAGUUGCAAGCCACUCGUAGUAAUCCUAUAGUCUCUGAGUUAAGCUAAAAUAUAUAUAUAUUUGUUUUAAUAAAACACUUUCUUUAAAUUA